CAUUGCGUUUCUGAAUAUCGGCUUGUAGUUGAAUAAAGGGGAGCAGCAGCUGGAAAGCGUUGACAGAUUCGUUCUGUCCUGCCUGUGGAAAUAACUUGUUGUUUUGAAAAGCCUGGAGUACACACAGCAAUCGCCCAAAGGCCCCUCUCCAACGACGCUAGAAGCGCGUCAAAUCUUACUGUUGUUUGUUUGUUUAUUUUCCCGCUGUUUUGGCUCUUUUCUUCACGGGGAUACCGUUCUAAGGCACCAGGGAGACCGAUUUUCACGGCAAAAGCACCUCCCUUAUGGACGACUGUAGUCCGCUCUCGCCCAAAGCAAAUGCUUUCAGUAUUGCCUCUUUGAUUUCAGCGGCGGAGGAAGCAAGAAACGCAGCGUUUGAGGAGCCAAGCGGUGGCCUGAACAAGCACUCCCAGCUCCAGUGCAGCCAUCGCUCUUCUAGAAUGCAUUACAGUACUGUCACCAGGGAAAUGGAAGCAAUAUCCAGUCCGUGGCUGACCCAGCUGUCCCAUUUUUGCGAUGUUGCAGCCUUCACAACGAACAGCUUGAGCAGCCUGAAUGCGCCUGGGAGUUACCACCUCUCGCCUUCCCCGGGGGACCCCUACAGCCAGCAUGAGCCGCACUACGAGCCCUGCUCCGCCGCACAGCACAGCUACAGCUACCCGGGCUCCAAUCCGGCUCCGCAGCCCGACACCGGGACCUCCAACUGCUCUUCCUCGUCCUCCAGUUCGACUCCGAACAGCAAACCACCGGCGAAGAAGAACGCCAAAGUGUCGAACAUUAACGUGCAGCUUGAGAUGAAGGCUCUCUGGGACGAAUUUAACCAACUGGGAACGGAGAUGAUUGUCACUAAAGCUGGAAGGAGAAUGUUCCCUACUUUCCAAGUGAAAAUAUUUGGAAUGGACCCCAUGUCCGAUUAUAUGCUGUUAAUGGAUUUCCUGCCAGUAGACGAUAAACGAUACCGGUAUGCUUUCCACAGUUCAUCUUGGCUCGUAGCGGGUAAAGCUGACCCAGCAACCCCCGGGCGUGUCCACUACCACCCCGACUCCCCGGCAAAGGGCGCGCAGUGGAUGAAACAAAUCGUCUCCUUCGACAAACUCAAGCUGACCAACAACUUACUGGACGACAACGGGCACAUCAUUUUAAACUCUAUGCACAGAUAUCAGCCGCGCUUUCACGUAGUUUACGUGGAUCCCAGGAAGGACAGUGAAAAGUAUGCAGAAGAAAAUUACAAGACGUUUGUAUUCGAGGAGACCCGGUUUACUGCAGUCACUGCGUAUCAGAAUCACAGGAUCACACAGCUAAAAAUUGCCAGCAACCCCUUUGCUAAGGGUUUCAGAGACUGUGACCCGGAGGACUGGCCAAGGAAUCACAGACCUGGAUCGAUGCCCAUCAUGAGCGCUUUUGCCAGGACGAGAAAUCCAGUGUCAUCCCCUGCUCAGCAAAAUGGCACAGAAAAGGAUGCAGAUAACAGGCGAGAUUAUGAGAGAGACCCGUGUGGAACACCAAUCCACGGCGACCCAGCUCACCAGCUCAUGUCCCGCGUCCUGAGUCCGGGUCUCCCGGUUCCAGGCGGACUGCACGCAGUGCCUCUCAGCACAGGGAGACCCAGUCCACCACAUGAUCUGCGGCUAGACGCACACCAGGCACCGGAUAGCCUUCACCAUCACCCGUACAAGUACCCUGCCACCUAUGAACAUUACCUGGGGGCCAAAACAAGGCCAUCGCCCUACCCUCUACCCGGUAUCAGAGGGCAUGGAUACCACCCUCACAUGAACCCGGCAGCUGCAAACAUGUACUCAGCCGCCGGCACGCCUGCAAGUUAUGACUACGGUCCUCGAUAACAUAUACAUAUAGAGUGAAGUAUGCAGCAACUUAACACAAUCUAUACUUCAAAUGCAUGGUUUAAGUUAAAGUAUGGUUGUAUUUUGUGGAAAUGACUCUCCUGCUGGUGGAUUGUCCAGUGAACUCUACAUAUUUAUUGGGUAUGAGAAUGAAGCUUAAAAACUGAACGUAGUGUCCGGCCAGACUCUCAGUGGACCCCAUACCAAGCUCCAAGACUGUCCAACGAGUUCUUUAAACCUGGGCCAUUAGGAGUGUUUCACCGAGAGAGUCGCGAGGAGGGGCACGGACAAGGGAAUGGAGUCAUGAGAUUAAUACAGUCAUCUCUGCAAGGGAUGCCUGAUGAUAACCGCAGACCGGAAUGUCUCUUCAUUCUGUUUUGUCAGAUGCACUUUUUCUGCUUUAAAGAAGCCAUACCAUAUGUUGUUAUUGUUGGUUUUUCUGUUUUUGUGAAAUCCCAACAUCAAAGAUCUUAAUACUGGGAAAGCUUCACGGGGGGGGGGGGGGGGGGGGGAUAUGUUAGACUUCAGAGCUAACAUUAGAAAAAUUAUGCCUACCACUAGACUUAAGACUUGUACCACACUGCCUCCCCACCCACCCACCCACACUCCCCCCUCCACCUGCAAUAUUCAAUGUUCUAUUGGAAACACAAAGCAGCUAUUUCAUUUCACAUUACAUUCUAAAUGAGGGUUUCCUUGAAACUGUUAACGUUGGUUACAUUUCCAUCCGCUCAAUCCCCCAAACUAUGGGUAUGGUUUAUUUGUAUAGAGAUUUAACAAAGGGAAAAAAAGAACACUCCUGCGGAAAGAACACCCGUGCCCUGGCUGAACCCACAUGAGGUUUAGGGUAUUAUCCCACAGCCUCGCUUUCAUGCCAAGUGCUCCAGCCGCACCUGGCUGCCUCGAAUUCUCCAAUGCACCGUUUCGGACAGGAAGCACUGGGCUGCAAAGCGGCCGAAACAUUUGGCAUUCAGAGAAAAGCAUUGCAUUGUCGUUUUGUGACAAAUCUUUGUAAAAAUCCUAUAAACUAUUACGAGUGUGUAUUUACUGGACGCUAUGAGUGUGUUAUUUACUGGACGCUACACAGAAGUAAGACGGAUUCGCUUUUGCAUCAUGCCAUGCUACAGUACAUGCGAUAUAUGACUGCCACUGCAGUCUAUAUAUAUAUAUAUAUAUAUAUAUAUAUAUAUAUAUAUAUAUAUAUAUAUAUAUAUAUAUAUAUAUAUAUAUAUAUAUAAUUAGUGCCAAAGCUUUGGUAAAAUGAUUGUGUAUGAAGUUUGUAUAUUUAUUGUUAGAUGAGGCAAAUUGCUUUAUCCAUACUAAUGCAAGAUACAAAGACGAGGUGGACAUGUGCAACAAUGUAGAUAACUGUAGAUCUGUGUAGAUAGUGCUCCUUACUGUUUAAAUAUGAAUAUGAAUUUGUUGGAAAAUGACUUUUAUAAAUGUUUUGAAAGCA